GCGCGUUCGGGCGGCCCAGGGCGGCACCUUCCUAUUUCUUCUCAGCCGCAGCCCUCCCUUUAGAGUUGAGCAUCUGUUUGCCUGAAGUUAAUUUCCAGAAGCAGGUGUCCCCAGAACUGGGCCAGGGGGAUGAACCGCGAGGGAGCACCCGGGAAGAGUCCGGAGGAGAUGUACAUUCAGCAGAAGGUCCGCGUGCUGCUCAUGCUGAGGAAGAUGGGGUCAAAUCUGACCGCCAGUGAGGAAGAGUUCCUGCGCACCUAUGCAGGGGUCGUCAGCAGCCAGCUCAGCCAGCUGCCCCAGCACUCCAUCGACCAGGGUGCAGAGGAUGUGGUGAUGGCGUUUUCCAGAUCGGAGACGGAAGACCGGAGGCAGUAGCUGGAAGCCCCUUGGAACUCCCUGGAAGCUACCGAUGGCCAAGAGAUCUGUGUGGCUCCUCUGCUGGUUGAGUGGUAGCAAACCACCGUCUUCUUACCCUUUGCUCCCCAUACCCCACCCGACCCUCCCCACCAGCCACUCAGCAGGGUUGGCAUCAAGGUGGUCUGUGAUUGGCUUGAAGGGAUGGACUUGAGAUUGGCUGCAGGAAGAAACCUUUUUAUUUUUAAAUCUUGACCAACGGAAACCUUUUAUUUUUAUUUCUGACUCUUUAUUUUUUUAAAAAUUUGCGCCUCGGUAUUUGGCUUCCCUGGAAGCUGUCCGAGCUCUGGUGCUUUAUUUAGGUCAUUUUUAGGAAUGUGAAGAGGCCCGAUUGGCUGCUUAAACUGGAAAAGGGUUGUGAUUGGCUGGCUAUGGGAUGUGGUCUUUUAUUUGAUUGGCUGCAGGCGUUCUGCUCGCAUCAUCCACUUCCUCUGUUCUGAAUGCAGAAAGCAGGGUUCGGGAUAGUGAUUGCCAUAUUUGACUUGAAAAAAAAAAAAAGAAGAAAAGAAAGAAAUUAAAUGAGCUUUGCAAUAUUUAUUACAGAAAGAGCGGGCUGCUGCCGUGGGUUUGUGUUUGAAUUUGAUUGGUAUUAAGUCCAUGCAUUUGGUCUCCCAUUGGCUCACCCCUAACUCCCAUUGCCAUGGGCUUACUUCCACUCUGCUGCUUCUGUGAGGCCUGAGGGUACACCUGGAGGUUGCAUGUGCUUUAAUGACCACACCUGCCUCCACCAGCAAAGGGACCUCAGGGACCCAGAGCAGGGUCCACAGCUGGACAACAGGGCCCCCAGGGAGCUUUGUGUUGUCCUGAGCCAGCAGCCCAGAACUUAGGGGUGACCAGGAGGCAGGAUUGAUAUACUCAAUUCUGAGAGCUGGCAGGCAGCCAGUUUCCUGGAUUGUGCAGAGCUCUCCAGGCCUCGCUGGCCAGCCUGUGCUAAAUACAGGAGUGCUGAGCAGAGCUCUCCAGGCCUUGCUGGCCAGCCUGUGCUAAAUACAGGAGUGCUGACCGGCAGCUCCAGCCUCCCCCCCACCCCGCGUCUCACUUCCUCAGGCCUUGGGAUCCUCCCCGAUCCUGAAGAUUAUAAGGAUCUUUACCAGAGCCUUGAACCCAAGCAGAUGCUCCAGUUUCACUUCCAGAACCCAGAGACUCCAAGCUCAGUUCCAAGCACAAGCUAGCCAGGCUUCCCAGGGUCCAUUGCCGGGGCAGUAGGUCCAGGAUAGCAAAUGUGUUCUCCCUGAGCCCAGGCCCCCAUUACAUUGUAUCUCACCGUGUCCGCACAGAAGGGAGAGUAGCAUGGCUUAUUUAUUAUGAAGCACCCACUUGGAAAGCCAGCUAGACUUUCACAUAGUAGGCCCCACAGUUUACUCAGGUCCAGCCCCGGGGUUACAUUUUAGAGCAGCUCCUGAGAAGAAGGAUCUGGGUCGUCAUCCCGUGCCCACCAUGCCUUCCUUCCCCAGGAACGUGACAAAUAAUUGAUGGCCCUUUCUGGUCCUGAUCCAGAAAACUCUGGAGUAUCUUCCCUUCUCAGGGCUUAGGCCUCCCAUGUGUCAGAGAGUGUGCUGGAGCCCAGUGCCAGCGUGUCUCGAGACCAAGCCCUGGGACACCUCGUUGUUGGUGGAUGGUUCAAGCUUACCAGCCUUGUUCCAGGAGGAGGAUGUGAACGCCAUGUCCUUCAGCACAUCGUCCCUGUUAGCUGACAGUGAGAUGCUUGGUUCGGCCAUUGAGCUCCAGGGAGCAAGGACAGUGCAGAAUCAGCUCCGUCACCCCCAACCUGACCAGCAAGAGCCCAAGAGGAGAGCAUCAUUCCUGGAGAGGAACAGCGUGUAUGUGCAGGCACGGUAUGAGCUCACACUGACAGCCACGUGCCUGCUCUGCUGGCACAGUGUGGUCUGGAGAUGUGUCAGGGCCCCUGGGCAGAGAUGGGGCUGUUCAGUGAUUGUGUGAUUUUAUCUAAAGUCGGGUGUGGCCAGCUUCAGUUGGUUCCUGUGACUGUUUUGAGACCAAGCCUUGGUGAUGGUGUGUGCUCUAUCUUAGCAGUGGUUCUCAGCUCAGCCUCUGAGGAAGAAAGGCGCAAGUAUCGCUGUGGCUUCUUAUUCUAACUGAAAGUCUAUCUAAUGGAGAAAAAAAAAUAACAAUAAAGAUUUUUCACAGCUUGG